AAACCGCCCACGGUGUGCCACCACUCAACUGACCGCACAAUGACACCCGAAGUUCGGACAACUUUAUCAGGCGUCUGAGGCAGUGAUUGACACGAACGCAGGAGUUCAACCUAUUAGUUAUCAGAUCAUUGAGGAUGAUGUCUCCCCAUCGAGCAGCUUGUUUGAUGUGCAGUCUGCCACGUACAAGACUCAUAAAUCUGAUAUGGGAACUAUUUGUCUACGUGCCUGCAUGGUUCACGUUUUUGAAGAGUUAGUGAUCGUUUUUUUUUUUCCUUUUUGGAGAUGAAGGAGACCAUAAUGGCACUCUUCCUGUGGUUUGACCUGCUAUUGCUGCUGGCGGGGGUCCGGUCCACCUCGGUCAAGAACUGCCACCCGGGCUGCCACUGCGAGGUGGAAAGCUUUGGCCUGUUCGACAGCUUCAGCCUGACCACAGCAGACUGUCGAGGGUUGGGCCCUGGCGCCGCCAUGCCCGUGCCCAUACCGCUGGACACCGCCUACCUGGACCUGUCCUCCAACGCCAUGGGCCGGCUCACUGACACCAUGCUGGCCGGGCCAGGCUACACAACCCUUGUUAGCUUGGACCUUAGCAGCAACCACAUUGCAAUGGUAAGCCCCAAUGCUUUGUCCAAGCUACAUUACUUGGAGACUCUGGAUCUGAGCCACAACGACUUGGAAGGCCUCUCGCCAGGCUGCUUCUUUGGCCUCCCUCUGGCUGAAGUGGACCUUAGCCACAACAACUUCCGGGACUUCGACAUGGAUGCGUUUGCGGCUAAAGUAAACGGCAAACCAGUCAGUGUGGAUCUGUCACACAACAAGCUUGUGUUCAUUUCCACAACGCCGCACAGGAAACUUGUACACAUUCAAAGCUUGAAUCUGACGGCGAACCGUCUUUCGAGCGUACCAAGGUUAGAAGGACUUAAGAUACUGAGAUACCUCAAUCUGGAUAGCAACCCCAUCAACGCCAUUAAAGAGGGAGACUUUGCUCACCUUACAGAUCUGGUUUACUUAUCGCUCAGCAGCCUUCAUCAGCUUCAGAAAAUUGAGGCGCACAGCUUUAAGAGCCUCCAAAGCCUUCAGGUGUUGGAGCUCUCCAACAAUCCCAAGAUGACGACACUAAGCCCGUCCGUUUUCACCGGACUGGAGUCACUGCAGGAGCUGAAUUUAUCUGGCUCUGGAGUGACGUCCUUACCAAACAACAUGCUCUCGCACCUCCCCAGUAUAAAGAGCAUUACGCUAGGACAGAACAUCUGCUGCUGGAGGACCCAAAAACAAGGACAGUUUCACCGGCAGCUUGGUCAGACCCAACACAAUGAGGUGCUCAGCUGCAACCAGGAUGGCGUUGUGUUGUAGUCUUUAUACCAGCGCUGUGCCUUCAAUCCCUUACCCCUUUCCUAAGCUUUAAGAGGUUUCAUGUGGCCUUCAUAGACACAAAGGAUCAUUUCACAUAAAAUGCUGACUAUGUAUCCAAAACUUAUUUUCACAUUCUUCAUCUAAAUACAAACAAUAGCAAUCUUUUCACACUUAUUUUAUGUCACAAAUACGGUACAGUAGGUCAACUGUUCUUCAUAGAAAACGGCUGACAACCUUAUUGGCACAUGGAUUUUACCACCACGGACCACAUUACCACUACAUUAAGGCAUUAUUUCAGCCCAUUUUGAGGGUUUUCGGGACCAUCCUGCCUUUUUGAGUAAAUGCUAACCAGGAAGUGUAAGUCUGUUAGCCCUAGCAUAAAGACUGUACAAAUGCAUUAGCUGUACAGUAUUUAAGCUAAGAAAAAUCUGGUUCCACAGCACACUAAUACUGUACUGCAUUUCCAGUCAACCAGAGUGCUUCUUCAUUUUAUCACUAGUUCACAAGUCUAAUUAUUCUUGCAACUUAAAGCAGUAGUUAAUGAUGUUUCUGAAGUUGAUUUAACGGAGGUUUGUUUUGCUAGGAUAUUGACAUUUAUAACCCAAUUUAAUAGAGUGUGAGGAGCUUGUCAUACACAAAAAGGACCAUUUUUAUAACGUGAAUGUACUUUCAAAAGGCCAGCUCGUGAACAUGUCCAAUUGUGCAAGCCGUAUACCCUUGGACAUGGUGUUUACUUACUUUUAUGAGGUGAGCGACACCUAAGAGGGGAAACAAACAGGGACCACAUUGACUGGCAGUUCCCUUUUACUGUCCCCAUUUGGCAGAUGAAGUAUGACACAUAAACCUUUUCCUGUGGACCUAAGAAACGACUGGGCUCAAGACCGCUUGAAUGUCUCCAAAACAUAAAGACUUGAGGUUCUGGCUUUAGAAAUUGUCAUUUCCUUGGUGUGUAAUACAAUCAAAUAAUGUACGGUAAGUGUCUGUGGAAAGAUUUAUAUUUGUAUGGACGUCACAAUGCUGUAUGUAUUUUUGCAAAUAUAUAAAAGUUAUAAUAAAUUGAGAUAUUUUUUUUUCUCCUA